UUUUCUCCAGAAAAAGUGUAGGAGGAAGUAGAUUGUAACGUAGUAUAUUUUACUAUCGAGGGAAAGACUCCUCCCGUUAUGAAUCUCAAAUCUAGUUAUGGUUCUUUUUUCAAGGUGAAAGCAUCAUCAGAUAUUUGGUUAAAUAAUUUAUAGUCUUUGGAAAACAUCCCUGUGUUCCAGGCUGUCUUGUUGCGUGGCAGUGAGAUGGAGAACCAUGCAACAGCAAGGGCCGCGGUCGAUACAUGCAGAGUGGACCAACGUAGCGAAGAGUAUCGGCUGCUCAUGGCCUACUGUGGCAAGAGGAAGAGGCAGCGGUCAGGCCCAAUGCCUCAACGUCAUGGCGUCAUUCAAAAACAAGGCCCAGGGGGAGUGAAGAGGAAGUUGAAAACAGUGGUGGUGAAAAAGGGAGCAACAAAGACAGGGGAUGUAUCCACACCUAGUAUCUAUACAGUUACAGCACUUGCCGGAGGUGCAGGAGGAGAGGACAAUACCUUGAAUGGAGUAGCAGACAGGUUGACUCAGAUCGCAGACUCUGUGCAGAUCACAACAGACGACAUAGAGGCAGACGGGACAGAGGAUCAAAAUGAUGUCAUCCGAAGACUAGUGGAGUUGCUGAAGGCGUCUGGAGACAAGCUGAAUGAGGAGAUCAAUAGAAACCCCAUCUUGCAGAGGCACCUCCAGACUUCCUUCACUUACAGUCUGUUUGAGAAGGUGACCUCCACCCUGCUCCAGAUGGUGACAGGGGUAGGGGGUGAUGAUCCUGUAGCCCGGGUAGGCUACCCUGCCCCUGAGAAGGAGGAGAGGGUCCAGAGGGAGCAGAUUGCCCUGGCCUGCGAGGUGACUAGCAGGCUGUCUGCUCUGGACCUCCACCCCAUGAGCCGGGCCAUGGGCUUUGGGACACGCUACAUCCAGGAGCACCACACGGCCUGGGUGAAGAGGCAUGGGGGCUGGGUGAGUACUGCAGAACCAGGGCAGGGUCGUCUGUCAGGAGAGGGUAAGGGGAAUAGCAGCUUAAAAUGGCUGAUAUUCCUAAAUGAGAGUAAAGAGAGAAAAAUGAGCGGGGAAAAAUGUGUUGUUUUCUACAUUCUGUAAUUGUCUUGUCUUCCUUCCAGAAUAAUGUGUUUGACAGUGAUUAGACCUGCCAGGCAUUUCACCUGCUUCAACCAUCCAUGGAAAUCAAUUUACAUUUUUAUGAAGAUUUUGCUGAAUAUUCAAUUAAAUGUUUAAUUUGCUCCUAAAAGCUGUGGAUUCACUUACUGUGCUUACAUUAAUAAGACUAUGUUUCUUAGUGAAACAGAUUACAUUUUGUUCAUGUUAAAGAGAUCCUUCUAAUACAUUCCAAAAGUUAUGUACUGUGUUAGAUACUGAACAUUAGGCCCGAUUUAGACUUGAAAUAAACAGAUUUAGCAUGGGACUUAAGUCCAUAAAACAUGGACUUAAGUUUUUUUUAAAUGACUUAAGUCCAUGUUAAAUCAUCUUAUCUCAAGUCUGAAUAUUAGGGCCUAUAGUGAAUGUAUAGCUUUCUUGAUGUUUGGGUUUAAAUCUCAACCGCUAAAAUGACAUUGAACCUGUGAUUUAUGAAUAAACUGUGCAGUUGCCUUAA